GCCUUGCCGCCCCAUUUGCACUGCAACCAACUGAAUGAAACAACAUGUCGAUUUUUUUUCUGAAUUCAGAAAAUUACGUUGAUAUCCCACAAAAAUAUCCAUAUUGAUAUUCUCGCCAAAACAAAAUAUCACCUACAAGUAUAUUAUCGACAAAAAAAUAUUAAAAUAUUUGAUAUACCCAACAUCCCUAUGCGCAGCGUUUUCGAACGUCAAACGGUUGUUUUGUUUCGAACGGUAAAGUCGCGGGUGGCGGACGUUUCGGGCGAGCGACCGGAAAACUCUACAAAAAUCCAAAAACUGCAGACAAAAACAGCAACAGCAAAAACCACUCACUCCCAACGGAACGUGCAGCAGCGCGCGAUAAGAACCUCUAGCACCAAUAAUAGUACGUUGACGUUGACUUUUGAUUUCGGCGGCGGCGACGACGCGCCAGUGGCAGCGGCAGCGGCAGCGCAGCAGCAACUAGUGCAACGUGUAUGUGUGUGCGUCUGUGUGUGUCGUGUUUAAAUCUUUGCAAUUCCCCCCACUUCAGCCCCUCAACAACCACAGGCCUUCUGCCAUAGGAAAACGUGUUUCAAAAAAUAUAAUACUAUAAUAGUUUUUACUCUCUUUUUGUGUUGUUGUUUUGUUGCUGUUGUUUCUGUUGUAAUUGUAUUGUGAGAACUGUUGUGCGUGUGUGUCUGCGUGUGUGAUGUUAUUCUUUUUUGUUGUGUGACCUUUUUUUUGUGCUUUGAUUGGUGAUUGGCUUGGCAGUAGCAGAGAUACAUAGUACAUACACAAGAAAGAUAGAAGAUACAAUGGUCUCGUACUCAAAGCAAGGGGUCAUCAUCCAUGAGGCCUGAGCAGCGCGCCACUCGCUGCUAGCUGUAUACACUCGUAUGGCCUGCCACUUGUUGCAUGCAGCACUCAUGAUGCAACAGGAACAGCAGCAGCAGCAGCAGCCACAGCAACAGCCACAACGAACUCGAUUCAAGUCUGCAGCCUGCUACUCUCACGCCAUGUGGGCGAGGGGUGUCAAUUGGAGGAUGUUGCAACAGCAGCCAGCCAGAACAACAGCCGCAACAGCCACAUUAGCCCUUGGCCAAGGCUAGGGCACACACACCCAUACGCACACCCGCAAUAGCUGCAACAAAAGCAACAGUAAACGCAACAGCAACAGCAACAGAAACAGCAGCAGCCACUGCAACAAGAACCAGCUCCAAAAAGUUGAAGACUUUUUGUUGAUCUUAACGAAAAGCAACGCAAAAUGUCUGAGUCACGCCGUCAAUCGGUGAACUUACGGGCGAUGCCCCCGGGCGUUCUAGUCAACGAUAGCCGGGCCAACUCCACCGAUGACAUACAGAUCGCUCUGGCCCCCCACAUCCAGACGUAUCUGAGCCAGACCGGGCGCCGGCACUCGUGCUGCAGCGUCAUGCUGCCGGUGGCCUUCGAGCGGGCCGCCGCCAAGUCCUGGCUGGAUCCCAAGUUCGACUCCCCCGUCCUCGAGGAGCAGUACCAGGCCAGUGUCUUUCCCCACGUUCGCAUGCGAUACAGGUUCACCCUCUCAUACAUCCUCCUCUGCUCGCUGGCGUGGUGUCUGUACUUCGUGGUGGACGGCGGAUCGGAGGACUUCUGGCGACCGAUCUCCAGCUCGUUCUCGAUGCUGUCGCUGAUCACGAUCAUGGCGCUGUGCUUCACCCACUGGGACCUCUACAGGCAGCACAGGACGCUGACCUCCGCGGUGACUGCGAUGCUGCUGUGCGGAGCCUCGCUGGCCUUCCUCACGUACACGGGGAGGGCCUUUAGUCCACUGGGGCACUUCGCCAUCUGCCUGGAGAUCGUGCUGCUUAUCUACACUGCCCUGCCCAUGCCGCUGUGGGUGGGUGCGGUCAUUGCGAUCUUCUACUCGAUCGCCUUCGAGCUCGUUUCCCACGUGGUCAUCGGAUGCAGUGCCAUACAUGGGGGGGCGGGAUCGGUGGACAGUAGCGAUCCCAGCCACAAGAUACUCAUACUGCGGAUCAUGGCCCAUCUGAGCGUGCACCUGGUGGGCGUCCACGUGCUCGUGAUGAACCUGGUGCGGAUGCGCGGCACCUUCAUGAAGGUCGGUCAGAAUCUGCUCGUGCGCCGUCAACUGGAGAUGGAGAAGCAGCUCAAGGAGAAGAUGAUACACUCGGUGAUGCCGCCCAAGGUGGCGGACAUGCUGCUCAACGAAGGGGGCACCGCCGGACUGGACUCCGGCCUGCCCCCCGAGUCCCACUACAUGCGUCCGCGGGCUUCCAACGACGUGAAGUCCCUAUUCCGGCCCUUCCACAUGCACAGCAUGGAGAACGUGAGCAUCCUGUUCGCGGACAUCGUCGGAUUCACCCGCAUGUCCUCCACCAAGACGGCCGAGCAGUUGGUCGAGAUCCUCAACGACCUGUUUGAGCGCUUCGACGAUCUCUGCUCCCUCAGCGGCUGCGAGAAGAUAUCCACCCUGGGCGACUGCUACUACUGCGUCUCCGGCUGCCCUGAGCCCCGCGCGGACCACGCCAUCUGCUGCGUGGAAAUGGGUCUGGGCAUGAUCGAUGCCAUGCGCUGCUUCGACGCCCAGCGCCACGAGGGCGUCAAGAUGAGAGUCGGCGUCCACACGGGCACUGUUCUCUGCGGCAUCGUAGGCACGCGCCGGGUCAAGUUCGAUGUGUGGAGCAACGACGUAAGCCUGGCCAAUAAAAUGGAGUCCUCGGGCAAGCCGGAGCAGGUUCAUAUCUCGCAGGAGACGUCGAGCUUUUUGGGCGACAACUACUACCUGGAAGAGGGCGAAGAGGUCUUCGGUCAUCGCACCUACUUCGUGGUAGGACGCCGAAGCGACUUCUCCAGAACCAACAGCCUCAGUCCCAGCAUGCCAGCCCAUGCCAUUGGGGGCAGCUCCCUGUUGCUGCCCGGAGGCCAUGCCGGCUCAUUAUCGCAGAGCGCGACCAACAUCUCGGCGGUGCAGCCGCAAGUGCCGCCCGCCUCGCCGGUGGGGCAGCUUUCGAACUCGUUGAACCCCUCGCCGGUUUUGUCCAUACGCCCUCGACUGACCUCGCUGAGCAUGAAGCUGCGUAAGAAGUCGCAGAACCACAGCCGGGAGCGGGACAUUGAGCGGGGCAUCAUGCAUCCGGCGGCCAGCGGAAUACCGCCAGUUAUUGUGGUGCGGGAGCGGCCAAAGAUCAUCAUCACCACCAAGUCGCUGCCGGGCAGCCUCGACUCGGAUGAUCAGCCGUCGUCGCCCACUCCACCGCCGCCGCCACCGCCGCCACCGCCGCCCCCACCGCCCAAGAGCCGGCUGAUGGUGUGGAAGGUGCCGCGCUUCCUCAAACGCUUCGAGGAACUGGCCAGCCGCGGAAACAGCUCCUGUCACAGUCAGCCAGAGAAGGAGGAUCCCCAGUACCUGCAGCACCUCCAUCAUUCCCGUCCCUAUUGCCCCGAAGAGACCCUGGCCUUCAUGGAUCCCACUGCACCGAAUGUGAAUGGGAACGGAACCGGAACCGGAAUCGGAACCAACUGCGUGUACCAGCAGCUGCCCGUCCUGGUAGAGUCCUGCAGCGUCAGCCGGCUGGGUAACCAGACCCUGGACAUACCGUCCGCGUCUCGGCCCUUGCUGCACCAUGCUGCCACCUCUACGGCCCUGGCCAGCAGCGUCCUCCGUUCCCCAGAGGGGUUCUCCGCAGUGGCAGGAUCCAGCGUCGGCGGAGCAGGCUGCUGCUCUCCGGGACAGUAUUCCAUGUACGACGACAUCAUCGAUGUGCGCUCCUACAUCAGCCAGUCCCGCAGCGACAUCUCGCCCUUCGGCCGCUCCGGUAGCUAUCGGAGCCAGUGCGGCCGUCAGUCCACCAGCGGGGGAACCGUGCUCCCCGUGGAGCAGUCACCCCUGCCCAGGCCACGUGCCUCCACCCUGGCCACUGGCAGGCCACCAGUCGUCGGUGCGGCUGCAGCUGGGGCUGGGGCUGGGGCCACCAUCGAGCCCAGCACCUCCAGCACUAGUGCCAACGUCCAGCCCAGUCCCUUCUGUCUACCCGCUCCGCCAGCUGGAGGCGGAGGCGGCCACUCGCGCAACUCGAGCAUCUGCCCGUCGGCCACCUCGCGCAAGGAUUCGGGGAUCAAGAGCAACUCGCGGCGCUCCUCCAUCCAGCAGCAGAUAUACGCCCUCAACCAGUCGGCCAUCAGCCAGCACCGCGUCUCCGGCUACUUCACCAGCUCCACCUCGAGCAUCUCGAAUUUGAAUGACAUGCAGGGCCUGCCCCUGCCCAUGCCCCUCCCGCUGGGCAUCGCGCUGCCCAUGGUGGUGCCACAGCCGCCCCCGCCCCCGCUGCCGCUGCUGAUGCAACCGUGCUCCUCUCAGACGAUGGGCGACCCGCUGGCCGCCUGCCUGCAGCAGCUGCGCAAGCAGUCGGACCUCCAGCUGAUACGAUGUGUGCGGGACAACGCCAGGUCGCAGAGGAGCUACCUUGUGAAGCCGCCGCUGCGGGGCUUCAGCCUUUACUUCAAGUCCCGCCAGCUGGAGCGCGACUUCCGCUCCAAGGCCCACCGGUUCGGGACCGAGAACGAGACCGAGGGGCCACCCACACUGGCCACUCCCCGGUACAACACCUACAUCGACAUCUUCGUGGGGAUCGCCGUCUACCUGUGCAUCUCGGUGUCACUCUUCCUGAUGACCCAGAACACGGUCACGCCUAGCUUCCGUCUCUGGGUGACGCUCUUCUCCUGCUUCACGGCCAUCCAGGUCUUCGCCCUCUUCCUGUUUACGAGGCAGAUGUGUCGCCGUCAUGGCACCGGGAGGACCAGCAGCAGCAGCCGCUCUCGUCUCCGCUCCAAGUCCACAACCAGCGAGGUCGUCGACGGCGAUGCAGACGAGGAUGGAGAUGGAGGUAGAGGUGGAGGUGGACGUGGGGAUGUUGAGGCUGCCCUGAGGAGGGGUGGCAGUAGCAGGGGACCUCAGUUCCGGUCGUGUGCGGACCGCAUCUUCGAGGCCAUCUCCAGCUGGUAUCCGUGGCACAUUUGCCUGGCCGUGCUGAUGGCCAUGCCCGUGCUCCUGAUCAUCGCCAACUUCCUCCUGCUGGACCUGGAGCAGCUGGAGGCCUUCGAGUACCACUACGGCUUCCUCAUCUUUGUGUGCAUCGUGCACUUCUGCAACUUCACGCAGCUCAACUGCUGGGUGCGCAACAUCCUGGCCUUCAUGGCCGCCCUGUGCUUCAUUGGUAUCGCCGUAUCGCAGCUGAUGGUCUACUCGAGCCGAAGCGACCAGGCCGAGUCGGAGGAGGAGUCGCAGGAGGAGGGCGGCUCCUCGUACAUCUUUGAGGAGAUCAAGUGGUUCCACGACUACCACGUGGAGAUCUACCUGGAUCUUCUGCUCAUCCUAGUCCUAGUGUGGUUUCUUAAUCGCGAAUUCGAGAUCGGCUAUCGGUUGACCUUCUACGGGAACGCGGUCGCCAACCAGGACAAGGUGCGUGUCCAGAACAUGAAGAACCAGGCGGACAUGCUGCUGCACAACAUCAUUCCCAAGCAUGUGGCCGAGCACCUGAAGAACACGGCCAAGUACUCGGAGAACCACCACAACAUCGCCAUCAUCUUCGCCUCCAUCGUCAACUUCAACGAGAUGUACGACGAGAGUUAUCUGGGGGGCAAGGAGUUUCUCCGCGUUCUCAACGAGCUGAUAGGGGACUUUGACGAACUGCUCUCCCGUCCCGAGUUCCGGGCCGUCGAGAAGAUCAAGACCAUUGGCUCCACCUUCAUGGCCGCCAGCGGGCUGGACCCAUCGCACCGAGGGUCGGGUGAUGAGCACAUCCACACACUCAUGGAGUUCUCCAUUGCCAUGCAGGAGGUGGUGGAUGCCUUCAACAAGGAUCUGCUCGAGUUUAAUCUGAUCCUGCGCAUCGGCAUGAACAUUGGCGAUGUGACGGCGGGCGUGAUCGGAACCAGCAAGCUUUACUACGACAUCUGGGGCGACGCCGUCAACGUGGCCUCGCGCAUGGACUCCACGGGUCUUCCGAACCGCAUCCAGGUGGGCAAGGACUGUCUGCCGUUCCUCACCGCUCGCUACGACUUCGAGCCCCGCGGCAGCGUCUAUGUCAAGGGUAAGGAUCACAUGGAGGUCUUUCUUUACACGGAUCGCCGAAAGACCCAGCUUCCAGAUGAGGGUCUGCAAGCGAAGGGGGAAGAAGAGCUGGAUGACGAGCAGCAGCAACAGCAGCAGCUAGAGGAUAAUGAGGGCGAGAAUGAUAAUGAGCAUGAGCAUGAGCAUGGGGAGGAUAAGAAGGAGGUUGAUGUUGAUGCUAAUGUUGAUGAUGAUGAGGAGGAGGAGUUUCACUCGAGCGAGACCACAACGCUCUUCAAGUCGCAGGAGUCUAUACAGGCAAAUGGCGGCAAUCAUUUGACGACGACGGUCACGAUAACGACCCCGCCCUCCUCCCAGUCAGUGGAACCGUAGACAGUCACGACCACGGACAACUCUUGGCAGUAAGCACUUGAAAACUGGUUUCAAAAUUGCAUUUAAUGAAUCUACAAGGCCGAGGAGAAGCAACACACAGGAGCAGGAGCAGGAGUGGAGGAGUGAACAGCUGCCUGCCAAGAAGGAGCUUAGUCCAAGAUUUGUAACGACAGACAAAUGGCUGGAAGAGUUGGUGGAGUUGGUUUCAAAAUGGAAGACCGAGGGCUUCUGAGGGUUUCUAAGGGUUUCUGAGGGGUGGGAGGGGGUGGCUUUGAAAAGCGGGCAGGGGGUUUCCGGAUAAAGAAGGACAAACCAUGUUUUUGUGAUAUGUAAAGAAUAUGAAGAUAUAUAGAUAGAAUCGAUAGAAUCGGAUAAGGUUGAACGGUCCUUUAAAGUUGAUAUUGAUUGAUUGAUUGAUUGAUUGAUUGGUUGAUUGAUUAUUGUUAUUAUGCAGUCAGGAAUGAUGGAUCAAGCUGAGCAGGUUGCAGCUGAGGUUAUGUUUUAAGAGACGGAGGAUGGCAGAUCAGAUGGAAGAUGGAUGAUAGAAGAUGCAGCGGGAUAUCUUCGGAUAUGCAUACUCGCAGAGAGCCGGUGCACCGAUGCUCCCAUAGAAUAUUAUAUUUAAUUGUAUUAGCAAGUUGUUUAGUCGUAAGCCAAAGCAGAUCACACAUCUGUAGCUCUAUGUGUAUAUGCUUCUCCCUCCCUCUGUCUAUAAGUUCAUUCUUUUUUUUAGCGUAUCGCCUAGCAAAAUUACCGCUUGCUUGAAGAAGGGAGCACCUCUAAUCUAAGCUAAACUAAUAGAAAUCCGUGGCUUUAAAUGUUUCUGAAGAAGAGCGAAGAUACUCGUGUUAGCAAAAUAGUUGUGGACUGUGUGUGCAUAUAGUAUGUGUAUGAGUAGAUUCGAUGUAUGUUAGAGUUAUCUUAUAAAUGUAUCUACUACGUGUGUAUAUACAUACAUAUGCGUACGUACAUUUAUACAUAUAUGUAUAAGUACACAUAUGACAUUUUUUUUUUAACAAACCAAUGGAUAUACCUGUAUGUACUUGUUGUUGUUCAUGUUGAUCAUAAAUGGAUAUAUACAUAUAUUGUGUGUGUUUAGGCAUAUUUAUGCGUAGUUACUCACAAAUUACUUGAAUGUGUCCCGCGAUUAAUUAGUCCAUGCGCAACUGCAGCACAAAAGUAUGCUACGGCAAGUAGAAAAGCAUCAGCGGCACUGCUUGGCAAUCGACUGCUUGCGCACAAUACUCACGUAAACAGACACACGCUCGCACAUCUACCAAAAGCUUUCACCUCUCUCUCUCUCUCUCUCUCUCACACACACACACAUAAUCGUUUUAUAAGUCUUUUGUAUCAUUUUUUUAUAUAAACAUCUUUUUUGUGCAAUGAACUUUUGCGACACCUGCUAACUGUAAACUUAAGGCAACUCUAUUUCCGCUACAAUAACCAAAACAAAAUGGAUGCAGUGAAGAGAUAUACAUACUACAAACAAUUUUGGAGUAUAUUCAUAUGAAACCUAUGGACCCUAUUGUAUUUUUAUAUAAACAAACAAGUAUUUUCUACUAAUUUAUUGAACAAAAAAAAAACUAAAAUCAAAGGAAAUCGAAAUCGAAAACCAAAAGAGGAGUAUACUUUUUUUCUUGUCUUUUUGAAACGUCUAAGUGUACAUACAUGAUAUACACAUAUUUAUAUUUAUAAUUGUAUAUUUUUUAUAAACAAAAGCGAAGGAGAAAGCGAAAUAUGAAAAUGAUAUUUCAGUGUGCGCGGAAAGCGAAAGCGCGGCAUCAGUUUUUCCCCACAGAUCGUUUAGAUCCAAUUUACGAUUCGUUGAAGUGUUUAAAUGUUGUUGGAGGAUACACCCAGCCAUAGCCAUAUAUGAGUAUCUAUGUAUAUGUAUGUAUAUUUAUGAGUAUGGAGCGUUGGCAACGAGCCGCAUCCCAAUCCUAAGUGUGUUUUAGCAAAAAGAUUUCAAAGAGUUUAUCGAAAUGUUAUAGGCAAACCUACUAAGUGUGAUGUGUAGAAAUCGAAAAAUAAAAGUAAAAAAGGCAGCAGUAUUAUAUUGCGUGUACUUAAAA